ACAGCAGAGGAAAUCCUGCAGUCUUUCGCCACGCUCACUCCUCCCACGAACCUCCAGAGGGCGCCGUCUCGCUUCACAGGGGCCUCGGGCUCCAGCGUACCGGACACCAUGGACUGGAGAGACAAGGGCUUUGUCACAAAGGUCAAAAUGCAGGGUUCCUGUGGUUCCUGCUGGGCCUUCAGUGCUGCAGGGGCCCUGGAGGGUCAGCUGGCCAAAACAACAGGAAAACUCGUCGACCUCAGUCCCCAAAACCUCGUGGAUUGCUCCACCAAGUACGGCAACCGCGGCUGCGAAGGGGGCUUCAUGCACCACGCCUUCCAAUACGUCAUCGACAACCAUGGCAUUGACACUGACGCCUCGUACCCGUACAUAGGACAGCAACAAACCUGCCACUACAACCCCGCGUAUCGAGCAGCAAACUGCUCCCGGUACGAGUUUCUGCCUGAGGGGGACGAGGCGGCUCUGAAGGAGGGGCUUGCCAAUGUUGGACCCGUUUCAGUGGCGAUUGAUGCCACACGGCCCAGAUUUGCCUUCUACAGGAGCGGAGUUUACGAUGACCCCAGCUGUACCCAGAAUGUGAACCAUGGAGUCUUAGCUGUGGGCUAUGGGACUCUGGAUAAUAAAGACUAUUGGUUGGUGAAAAACAGUUGGGGAACUAAGUUCGGUGAUCAGGGCUACAUCCGGAUGGCGCGCAAUAAGAACAACCAGUGUGGCAUCGCUCUGUACGGGUGUUACCCCAUCAUGUAGCCGCAGCGGAAAACUGAACAGAAACUCAUGCAACAUUGCAUCUUUCAUCAGUUUUUCUACAAUUCAUCGAAUACUAAAGCUUAAAACCAGCAUUUUUAAAAAAUAAAUUUUAAAGGGAUUUAUUUUUCUACAGACUUUUAAUUCUAGAUUUUUGUUUCAAACUGUACAGUUGUUACAUUUUUACGUGUUUCAAGCUUUAAGACAUGCUGUCUGCUUGGAUUAUGAUUUGAAAAGCAUUUAUAAUCACAAAAUGUUGUACUCAGUGUUUACUGAACAGUAAAUGUUGAGAUUCAGACUUUUGCAGAGAUCUUUGAUAAAUGUGUCAAUUUAUUUCAGUUAUUAUUGGCUAUAAUUCCACAACAGUUUUGAAAAAAAUGUAGCCAUGAAUCCAAGUUUGAUUUUUUUUUCAGAAAUGUAUCUAAUGUGAUUAAAUUUUAGUUUUUAUUCAAAGGGAAUAAAAGUGAUAAAACAUAUCUGAAUCUGAUAGUUCUUUUUGUGGGUCAUGAACAUGUCUGUUCUGACAUGAUGUCUGGAGAAGAAUGGUUUAAACCAGGGUUUUUUAACUGCUGGCCUGUGGGUCACAUACAGUCCACGAGUGACCAAAGUUCGGCCCGCCAAUUGGUUCAUUCAUCUCUCGAGCCCACACCCCCGGUUUUCUACUUGAAUACUUUGAAUUCUUUUAGUUAAACGUAGACAUGUUUGGUAUCUACAGAAAAUUCAUAAUCUUAACUAGGAGCUGGUAAAAACCAUUUCUAUAAACACUUGAGACAAUUAAAACUACAAGCAGUUGAAGAUAAAACUAUGAAA